AUGGACGCCCCUGAGGUGUACAAUGCGUACGAGGUAGGCGAGGUGCGCGUGGUGACCGUUGGCUGCGGCCACGGUGGUCUGAACCUAAUCUACGGUGCUGUCGCCGAAGCUGCUGCUCAGCGUGGCUGGUACCAUAUUGACAUUGUCAUUAUCGGUGGCGAUUUCCAGGCCCUUCGCAAUGCCGACGAUGCGGCAUGCCUCUCUGUUCCGAACAAGUUUCGUAAGAUGGGAGACUACCACGAGUACUACAGUGGUCAGCGUCUUGCUCCCUACCUGACCAUCUUCUGUGGUGGCAACCAUGAAGCGAGCAAUCACUUGUUCGAGCUUUACUACGGUGGUUGGAUUGCUCACAACAUCUACUAUCUCGGUGCGGCGAAUGUCGUUCGCUUCCGCGGUCUGCGCAUCUCCGGCAUGUCAGGUAUCUGGAAAGGAUACGACUACCGUAAGACUCACUAUGAACGCAUCCCCUACCGUCCCGAAGACCUUCAUUCUGUCUUCCACGUCCGCGAACUGGAUAUUCGCAAGCUCCUGCAAAUCCGAACCCAAAUUGACAUCUGUUUGUCCCACGAUUGGCCUCGCCUGGUCGAAAACUUCGGCGACUUUAAGCGGCUCUUCCGCAAAAAGAAGGACUUCGAAGAAGACUCGAAGCACGGUAAACUCGGAAACCCGGCCGCUCGCGAGGUCAUGGACCGUCUCCGACCAUUCUAUUGGUUUGCCGCGCACCUUCAUGUCGAGUUCGCCGCAACUGUCCCUCACGACAACGUCAAAACGAAGGCAAUCGAACCAAGCAAAGGCAUGCCCGCUGUUUGGGCUGUCGAAGUGGCUUCCCCCGUAGCUGCCCCCAUCGCUGCUCCCGUGGCUGCUCCCGUGGCUCUACCCGCUCCUAAGCCCUCCGCAGCUGUUGGAGUCUCCUCUGAGAAUUCCCGCCCCGUUCCUUCGGGCGGUCCGGCGCCUAAUACCAUGAUGGCUGCGUACGAAAACAAGAGUCUUUCCUUUCUCAACAACGAAGCCGAUCGCCUUGCCGCCUGGGGAACAUUCCAGGAGGACGACAUCAAGGUCCGCGAACAGCAAUUUGUCGAAGCAUCUCAACACAUGAGUGAUGAGCGUCGUAGCUCCAACGUCGACGUGACAUGGAAGCACAUGGCUUCUGGAAAGUCUGCAGGUCAGCAAGAUUCCCUUGUUUAUGCCAACAAGCGAGUUAAGAAUGACGACGAAAUCGACCUCGACUCCGAGGAUGAUUCUCCUCGUGAGGACAAGGCAUGCAAGCCUACCUCAUUCGAAACGGAUGGACAAUCUGCGAUUGAAGCUACCACCACCGCCACGCGCAAUAUUUGCCUCGAAAGUGGUGCCGACGGUGCUGAUGAUUGGGCGCCCUCCAGUCAAGACCCUAAAAUGUCACUUGUCGACCAGGCGGUUUCCGACAGCUUGCGAACCAAGCUGCCCGCCGCUUUUGCCCGGCCCCCCGCCAAGGCUACCCGCCAGCCCAUGUCGCAUCCCGCCGCGAUCCACAACAAGCUCACCAAGUUCUUAGCUUUGGACAAGCCCAACAAUCACGACCCCUUUUUCAAGCUGCUGAGUAUCCCCGUCUCGAACCGGGAAAACGUCAAUGUUUCCGAGCCUGAUCGUCUCCAGUACGACAAGGAAUGGCUUGCGAUUACUCGUGUCUUCGCCGGCGACCUAGUCCUUGGUGACAAGAAUGCCAAGGUGCCAGAUGAUCUCGGUGAAGACGAAUACCUUCCUCUUAUCCAAAAGGAAGAAGAAUGGGUUGAAGAGAACCUGGUGAAAAAGGGACUGAUGAACAUCCCCUACAAUUUCACCCGCUCCGCCCCCCGGUCCACUCCUGCCGGCGACAUCCAGCACCCUGCCAUGCCGAUGGAGUUUCCAAACCUCCAGACCGCCGAGUUCUGUGAGUUGCUCCAAAUCGAGAAUAAGUUUUUCUUGAACGAUGAGCAGCGCAUCAUCAAUUAUCAAAGCGUGCCUACCAAACAGAUGGCGAACGCUGACGAUGAGCGCCAGCGAGGCACAGGCCGCCGUGGUGGCCACCGGGGUCGCGGCCACAGGGGUCGUGGCCACCGUGGUCACCACCGUGGAUCCGGACGUGGAACCAACUGA